AUGAUGUUUCCAUUAUACGUGAAUCUCGCUAUUAUCUUAUGGUUUUGUACAACAAUUAGCAAUGGAAAUAUUGAACAAACUGUAUUACGUGGUGUUCAAACUUCACUUCUUUCAAUGUAUGUUCCAUCAAAACCAUUUACUUGUCUUGAUGGUUCAUUAACAAUUCCAUUUGAAUUUGUUAAUGACGAUUAUUGUGAUUGUCAAGAUGGUAGUGAUGAACCAGGAACAUCAGCUUGUCCAAAUGGACAAUUUUUUUGUGAAAAUAAAGGUUAUUUUGGUACAUUAAUACCAUCACAUUUUGUUGGCGAUGGUAUAUGUGAUUGUUGUGAUGGAUCUGAUGAAUAUGAAACAACAGUUGUUUGCAAUAAUACUUGCUUUGCAUCACACAGUCCUCAUCGUUCAUUAAUAUUAAAUUUAACAAACAAUUUAAUUUUUUAUCAAACAAUAUUUAAUCCAAUAUUUUCAAAUAAAAAUAAAAAAACUAUAAAAUUAAAAAAAUCUAAACAUCAAACGUCAAAAGUUAUAUUUAAUGCCACUAAGAUAUAUAGUCAACAUGGUUUAUUAAUCGAUAAAUAUAUGGAUAAAACAAUCGAUGAUGAUAAUUAUAUGAAUAAUUCAUUUCUAAAAACAUAUUUUAUACGUUUUUUAUCUCAAAAAGUUCAAGCUGGACGUGAAGCCAAACGAGCAUUACAUGAAGCAGGUGUAGCAAAAAAGAAACAAAUUAUGGCAAGUACAAUAGCUAAUAAAUCUGAACGACAAAAACAACUUGAUGAAUUUGAAAAAGAUUUAAAAAAACUUGAGAAUGAAUUAAAAGAAAAAGAAGAAUUAAAACGACAAGCUGAAAUAUUAGAAAAUGCAGCAAAAGAAAAACAUAACAAAUUAUGGGAAGAAAAACGUGCUAUUCAAGACCUUAUCUCACGUAAUAAUCAAAUACGUGAAAUAUUUGCUGAUUUAGAUACAAAUGGAGAUUCAUUAGUAUCAAUUGCUGAAUUACAAAAACAUACAGAACUUGAUAUAAAUCAAAAGAAUGAAUUUACAACUGAAGAAGUUCGGUCAAUACUUGGAUCUGAUUCAGUUGAUUUGAAUGAAUUUAAUACAUCUGUAUUUGAUCAAAUAUCAAAUUCAUAUCAAAAAUUACCGGAACCAACAAGACCAACACCUGAACCAACACCACUUGCUGAACCAUCAAUAGAUUCAAUAACAACUCAACCAUCAUUAUUAGAAACGCCUGUUGAUGAAGAUGAUUUAAGAACACACACACGAUCUUCAUAUAAAAAUGAAGAUGAUAGUGCAGAUGAUUAUGAAGAAGAUAAUCAUCGUCAAUCAUCGUCAAUAGCGACAUCACUUGAACAUGAAAAACAUAUUCAUGAUAGUGUAGCUCCAGAAUAUAAUGAUGAAACAAAAAGAUUAAUACAAAUAGCUGAUCAAGCUCGUAAUGAAUAUCAUGAAGUCGGAGAAAAACUUCUUUCGAUUAAACGUCAAAUUGAUGAUUUAAAAAAACAAUCAAAUAUUGAUGCUGGACCACAUGAUGAAUAUGCAGCAAUAAUUGAUCAAUGUUUUGAUUUUGAAGAACGAGAAUAUACAUAUCAAAUAUGUAUGUUUAAAACUGCUAAACAAAUACCAAAAGGUGGUGGUAGUGAAGUUAUAAUAGGUUAUUGGGAUUCAUGGUGUGGACCAAAAGAUAAUAAAUAUUUAAAAAUGAAAUAUGCUAAUGGUGCUACUUGUUGGAAUGGUCCAGCUCGAUCAUUAGUAGUUACAUUACAAUGUGGAGUUGAACAAAAACUUAGUGAUGUACGAGAACCAAGUCGAUGUGAAUAUACAAUGACAUUUGAAACACCAUUAGCAUGUGAUGAAACUAUUGCUACAACAUCUAUACAUUUAGAUCAUGUAGAAUUUUAA